GCACUUCCUGCUUCCGCUCCUUUCCUCCGCUUCCUGUGCAGAGCGAGCGUGGCGAGACCAGGCUUUCGGACGCCGAGUUUUCCGUGUUCAUCGUAUACACAGCUCUACUGCAGAGAUGGUCAAUGUACCUAAAACCCGAAGAACUUUCUGUAAGAAGUGUGGCAAGCACCAACCUCACAAAGUGACGCAGUAUAAGAAGGGCAAGGAUUCUCUGUAUGCCCAGGGAAAGAGGCGCUAUGAUCGGAAGCAGAGUGGCUAUGGAGGGCAGACAAAGCCAAUUUUCCGGAAGAAGGCCAAGACUACAAAGAAGAUUGUAUUAAGGCUGGAAUGUGUUGAGCCUAACUGCAGAUCCAAGAGGAUGCUGGCCAUUAAGAGAUGCAAGCAUUUUGAACUGGGAGGAGAUAAGAAAAGAAAGGGCCAAGUGAUCCAGUUUUGAGCUUUGGGAUUUGUUUUUUGUUUUGAGGGGGGAGAUGUUAAAGCUAUAGAAAAAUUGUAGGAAAAUAAAUACGGUGAUUUUUCACUCAGA